GUAUGUACUUGAUUUAUCUAAGUCCUUUUAUUUAAGUGUUAAAAUGGAUGAGAUAUAAUAAGUAAAUUUUAAAUUUUUGUUCUUCUAAUCUUUUGAGUCUUUUUUUUUUUUUUUGGUACCAGGGAUCGAACUUGGGUCCUUCUGCUUGUGAGGCAGGCAGCGGAACCACUGAGCUAAAUCCCCGGCCCUUGAGUCAUUUUUAACUCUACUACAUAACUUAUUCUAUAUGUCUUUAAGGUAUUUCUAAAAUCUGUGUCCUUAGCAUACCAAUAGGUUCUGUAUAUACUUUAUGGCUUCAAUUAUUUCUAAAUCAUCCUUUAUUACAGUGUUGAAUGGUUACCUUCUCUUUCAUUCAGAAAGACAAUAAAUACUUCCAGGUUACUGUGCACAUUAUGUCUAAAUUUAGAAUUAUGAACUUUAGUGCCCUCUACCUAGUAAGCUACCCAUUCUUAUUUAACUACCUAAUAGCUUUUAUUAUUCUGGUUUUUAUAUUUCUUGCUUGUUCUGUCAAAUUUGCUAGCUUCAGAAGUGAACAUUAGUUCUUCCCCAUCUCUAAGUGUCUCCUGCCUCUUUAUGAUUAUGAACUAUUAUGGAAAAGGAAAAGUGAGAAUUACAUUAGUAACAAAGAAUGACCCAUAUAAACCUCACCCUCAUGACUUAGUUGGAAAAGACUGCAGGGAUGGCUACUAUGAAGCAGAAUUUGGACAAGAACGCAGACCUCUGUUUUUUCAAAAUUUAGGUAUUCGAUGUGUAAAGAAAAAAGAAGUAAAAGAAGCUGUUAUUUCAAGAAUAAGUGCAGGAAUAAAUCCUUUCAAUGUUCCGGAACAGCAGCUGCUGGAUAUUGAAGAUUGCGACCUCAAUGUGGUCAGACUGUGCUUUCAAGUUUUUCUUCCUGGUGAACACGGUAAUUUGACAACUGUACUACCUCCUGUUGUCUCUAACCCAAUUUAUGAUAACCGUGCCCCGAAUACUGCAGAAUUAAGAAUUUGUCGUGUAAACAAGAACUGUGGAAGUGUCAGGGGAGGAGAUGAAAUAUUUUUACUUUGUGACAAAGUUCAGAAAGAUGACAUAGAAGUUCGCUUUGUGUUGAAUGAUUGGGAAGCAAAAGGUAUCUUUUCACAAGCUGAUGUACACCGUCAAGUAGCUAUUGUUUUCAAGACUCCUCCAUAUUGCAAAGCUAUAACAGAACCAGUAACAGUAAAAAUGCAGCUCCGGAGACCUUCUGACCAAGAAGUUAGUGAAUCUAUGGAUUUUAGAUAUGUGCCAGAUGAAAAAGAUACUUAUGGCAAUAAAUCAAAGAAACAAAGAACAAUUCCAUUUUUCCAGAAACUUUGGCAAGAUUCUGUUAACUUUCCAGAGAGACCAAGACCUGGCCCCCCAGGGUCAAAUGGAGAAGGAAGACUCAUCAAAAAAGAAUCAAACUUGUUUCCUCAUGGUACAGUUAUUCCAGAAAUGCCCAGGCCUUCAGGGGUUUCAAGUCAAGCAGAACCCUACUAUCCCUCACCAGUGUCCAUCUCAGGUGGAUUGUCACAUCACACUUCAGCCAUGUCCUCAAUGGUAUCUCAGCAUUCUUCAAGUUGGUCAUCAGUACCCCACCCCACCUCACGCUCACUGAGUACUUUUUCAACAGGGACACUUUCUUCUAAUUCACAAAGCAUCCCACCAUUCCUGGCAGUGCCUUUUGUGAGUGACUUAAAUGCUUCUAAUGCUUGCAUUUAUAACAGUACUGAUGACCUAGGCAGAAUGGAAACCUCCUCCGUGUCACCAGCUCACUUAUAUGGUAUUUCUGAUGCCACCAUGCUGCCUAAUGUGAUGACAGCCAGCAGGGACACCAUGGAGGAGACAGAUAACUCCAGACUUGUGAGCAUGAAUCUUGAAAACCCCUCCUGUAAUUCAAUGUUAGAUCCAAGAGACUUAAGACAACUCCAUCAAAUGUCUUCUUCCAGUAUGUCAGUAGGUACCAAUUCCAAUACUGCAGUUUUUGUUUCACAGUCAGAUGCAUUGGAGCGAUCUGACUUUAAUUGUGCAGAUAACAGCCUGAUAAAUGAGCCGGGACCAUCAAAUGGUACUAAUCCAAACAACCAUAGUUUUCAAAAUAGUCAGUAUUCAAAUAUUGGUAAUAUGCACAAUGAGCAAGUGAGUGAGUCCUUUGCAUAUGAUUUUUUUUAAGUAUAAUUUGGAGGAUUUGAAUCCUUUAAAAUGUUCAUGAUCAUUUUGGUAGUACCUAUACAGAUGCAGCAUUCCAUAUUUGUAUAACCAAAACUAUAACACAAUGCUGUUUCUAUUUUUGAAACUUCUUUUUCAUAGAAGUAUCAAACUUUAGAUGUGUAUAGAAUACAAGCUUUGGAUGUAUAUAAAAUACAAAAUUUGGAAGUUAUAAAGAGAAAAUUUAAGAUAAACAUGGUGGUGCAUACCUCUAACCCUAGCACUCAGGAAGCUGAGGGAGAGGAUCAAGAGUUCAAGGCUAGCCUGGGCUUACUUGUGAGACCUUGUCUCAAAAAAUGAAAACAAAAAAGAGAAAUUUUCUUUUUUCUUUGUUUCUUCUCUUGAAAGAUCUGACCUGAUAGUGGGUGUCAUGUGAAUUCUAUCUUCAGAGUUCUACUGCAUUUCCCCAGGAAAGACUCUAGGGAGAACAUUAAAGCAAGAAGAGUUUUUUCUAAUUUUAUAUUUCUUUUAUAACAUAUUAAUGUAUGGUUAAAUGAACUGAUAUUUGCUUUCAAGCAAAUUUAAGGGAAAACUUGUAAUGGCUAUGCCAUUGGAAAAAUAAAUUACUUUUUUUUUGAGGCCUGUGCACCCCUAAGGGGUUUUUAGAGGCUUCUUGGAAUUUCUCAGAUUUAUAUGUAAAUCAAAAUUUCUUUAAAAUGUUAAGUUGUGCAGAAGGCAGUUGAAGUGAGCUUUCAAGGUAUGGGAGGAUUCCUCCAUUUUAUACUAUUUAAAUCUGUAUCUUUAAAGUUGCAUAAGCAACUUUAGCUUUGCACCCACAUUUUCAAGACAAAGAAGCUUCUUUGCACUCUUCUUUCUUAGGCAUUCUCACUCCCUAUGGUCUCAUACAACUGCCUGUUUGACAUCUAGAAAUCUAAUUAAAACUCAAAUAUCUAAUUAAAACUCAGUGUAUCCAAACCUAAGUUUUUGGUCUUUCCUCCCAAAUUUGGUUCUCCUUCAGUCUUCUCCAACUCAGUAAAUGGCAAUGCCAUGCAUCUAAUUGCUCAGACCAAAAGUCUUGGCAUCAUUCUUGAUUCUUUUAUCUCCCAUAUCCAGUUCGUCAGGAAGAAUCCAUCUUAAGUGAAAGGUUUACACUUCUUUUACCCUUGAGCCUGCAACAGGUAAGGUCUUGCUAAUUUCUGACAUGCCCUCAAGGUAUAUUUCUUCUUGUCCCACUUCAAAGUCCUUGAUUUCUUUUUAAUUGUGCUAAUCUCUUCAGGAACCAUACUUCUUUUGGCCCCGACUUUAUACAUGGUUCUUUUCAGACCAGAGUUUUUCAGAUAUUUCAGCUCUGCUUUUUGCUUCAAGUUUUCACUUAUAGAUCUGGCAAAAAUUAGUUAGCAGUGUUCAUACCACUGCCUAAACAUUGGGCUGCCUUGAAAUUUCCUUUGCCAGAUCAAUUAGUCUGUUGCCCUCAAACUCAGCCUCCUCAGGAUGUGAGCAGAAUAUAGACAUUUUUUUUGCCAGAGUAUAAUAUGUAUAAUCUUUCAUUCAAUUUUCCAAGAGUCCUUGUUCCUGUCUGAAACCUCAUGAGCACAGCCUACAUUCCUAUUAGCAUUCUGGUCUUCUGAGCUCUGACUGGAAUCACCAAUCAGUCUGUGCUUAAAGUAUUCCAGGGCCUCUCUAAGUCACAUCCUCAAAUCUUUCCAAACUUAUCCACCAGUUCAAAAGGCUUCAGGUAUGGUCACAGCAACAACCCUAUUUCUGAACUACCAGUAUUCUGUAUUAGUCACUUUCCUAUUGUAGGGCAAAAUACCUAACACCCACAACUUUAGGAGGAGAGGUUUAUUUGGCUCAUGGUUUCAGAGGACUCAGUUCAUGGUCAGCUGGCUCCAAGGCAGGAACAUCAUGGCAGAAGGGCAUAGUCAGACAAAGUUGCUUAUCAGUUCAUGGCAACUGGGAAGCAAAGCACCAGGAAAAAACAUCAAUGAGAAAGGGACCAGAGACCAGGUAUAGUCCUUAAGGUAACACCUCCAUGAUCCACCCAGACAUACUCAGAAAUGUGCUUUACUAAUCUCAGGUGAUUCCCAAGCCAAUCAAGUUGACAAGCUUAACUGUCACACUGAUCAAGGCCUACCUUGACUAAAUUUCACCAUUCCUUGUUUCUCUUGAUUUCUAUACAUGUAUAGCACUUACCAUGAUCUGACUUGUCUAAGCAUCUAUUUAUUAUGUGUAUCCUUUACUGCAAUAUAAGCUCCAUGAGGGCAGACAUUCUUGUGUUGUUUACUGUCAAAUCUCCAGUUUGUAGAACAGUGUCUGCCUCAUGUUAAGCACUCCGUAAAUAUUUAUUAAACAUUCAAAGUAUUACCAGUAGAACAGUAAAUAUUUAUUAAGCAUUCAAAGUAUUACCAACAGAACUUUGAUUUUUGAAAGAAUAGCUUUAUUAGAUGUUUAAGGUUUUGGGCUGGGGAUUUAGCUCAGUAGUUUCGCCGCCUGCUGCACAACCACAAGGACCCGAGUUUGAUCCCCGGUACCAAAAAAAAAAAAAUAGAUGUUUAAGGUUUUUACAUUUUGUUAUUUGACAUUAGGUUUUUGUUAGAAUCAUAUACAUUCAAGUCCAGUAUUAAUAAUGGUAAUCCAAAUUAUUUGAAAGCAAAAGAACUCUGUGGCAAAAUGAAUUUGAGCAGUAAUUUAAUUGUGACGGUAUGAUGAUGCCAAGUAAGUAACAUAUUAAAGAUCUAGUUUAUCUUACAACUAGACGCUACCCUAGAUGUUGAAUAUAUCCUUGGCUAGAAAUAAUAUGUCAUUUUACUUAUACAGAGUCCACCCAAACCAUCAAUAACCUACCCUAGAUGUUAAACAUAUCCUUGACUAGAAAUAAUGUGUCAUUUCACUUAUACAGAAUCCACCCAAACCACUAAUUUACACAAAUUAUUCAACCAAAAUGGGAUAUGUGACUAUCAUAUAAAUAAAAAUUCCCAAUUGAAUGAUACUGGGAAAUAGGAAGGAGAGCAAGAUAAGACUUGAGGUUAGGAUAGUCCAGAAGGCAAAAGAAAAGAUUUAAACCCCCUAAGAACCUAGGAUAUUUUUCAAAUUAUGAUUUUAAAAAGACAUACUUGUCCUAUAAAAUUUAAAAAUCACAAGUAUAUUAAUAUAGUUUUAGUAGAACUUGCCAGCAAGGGGAAAAAAAUAGGGUAUAAUUUCUUUCCUGUUCAGAAUAUGAACCCAGAAUAUCUCCAGAUGGUGAUUGGUAGGUGGUAUGUUAUUUUAAAAAUACAUAAUCUUAAUUUCAUAUGAAUUAGCACUGAUCAGUUUAAACAGACUAGCUCAGUGGAUUUUAACUAAAUAAGCAUUGGCUUGUUUUGCAGUAUUUUUCCUCUGUAAGAUGGAUUAAGGGUCUGCUGUAUCUUGUGUUUACAGUAUUUCCAGUAGACUUUUCAUUUAUCAGGUGCUAUUUACUGAACAUAGAAUUUAUUUUAUAAUUUAAAAUGCACUUGGCUAUCCACUUCUCCUUUUACUCUCACCUUAGUUUUGAGGAAAUGAUGUCCUUCCUUUCUAAACUCCAUGGUGAUGAAUCCCUUCUUUGUAUCUCAUACUGUGUUUACUGUAUCCUCACAUCACCAUUUAGUUUUUCCUGUCUUUGUAUAAACAUAGUAACUGUCUUCUCCAGCCUAAGAAGAAAGGCCAACAACAAAACAAAAACCAAACAAUAGCAAAAAAUUUCCUAUCACCCUUGUGCUCCUUCCCUUCACAUCCUAACUUCUCUUCCAGUUUUUCCUGUAGAAUCCCAACCACAGCCUUCAGUUGUUGCUUAUUUUUUUCAAUCUCAGCAAUGUCCAUAGCUUCAGCUUUCUCUCAUGCUGCCUGAAUGGCCAUAUAGAUUGGCUUCUCCUAUUGCAUUCUUUGCUUAAUGGCACUAUCAUUUACCACCUGGGAUAUUUAAUAGAUGCCUCAAAAUCAGAUCUUUAUCUUUUUCACACUCAGUCUUAGUCCUUUGGAAUCUGCCUCCUAAAAAUCUCUGGUAUCUGCCCUUUCUUCAUUGCCUUUUCUUCACAUUCUUAAUAAAGGCCUUCUUUAUUUCCAACAAGAAUCUUCCAUAAGCUCCAGUUAAAAACAUCCCAUUCCCCAACCCAGUUGUUGCCCCAUUCCUAUAAUCCCAGCACUCUGGGAGGCUCAGACAGGAAGACCGAAAGUUGAAGCCCAGCCUGGGCAACUUAGUGACUUGGCAAGACUCUAUCUCAAAAAAAUAAAAAAAUAAAAAAUAAAAGGGCUGGGGAUAUAGUUCAGUAUGAAGGCUCUGGGUUCAAUUCCCCAAUUUCUCUCUUUCUCUCCACCCUCCCUCUCCCUACUCUUCUCUCUCACACACACAUGCACACACAAAAGAUAGACCGUAAGAGGCAGGGAGAUAGAUCUUUUGCAAAUGGGAAAGGGACCGACAGAUGGGAGGGGCAUAGAAAGAAUUAAUAUUUGCAUUUACCUGUACAAACAACCCACAAUGAAGUUAUUUUGUACUGCAAUCAUGUACUAAUAAAAAAAAUCUGUAAAUUUAAAAGUAAAUUCUCCUUGAGCCGGGGAUUUAGCUCAUUGGUUUCGCCGCCUGCUACACAAGCACAAGGACCCGAGUUCGAUCCCCGGUACCAAAAAAUAAAAAAAUAAAGAAUAAAUAAAUUUUCCUUAUACCUUCUUACUACAUUUUCUCUUGGGAAAAAUUUUUUUUGUCAGACCUCCAUACUUUUAACAUGUUACCUACUCUUCAUCUGCUUUUCUGCUACUAGAACAUGCAUUCUUUUAUUUUAGCUUCAUUUAACAAUUUAUUCAACAAGACUAAUUGGACAUGUACUACAUGCUAGGCUUAGUUUUAAGUGCUUAGGACAUAAUGGUACAUAAGACAGAGUAGAAAAAAAGACAGUAGAUUCCCUUAUGGAGCUUACAUUCUAGGUAAAUGUUGUUUUUGGAAGCUACUGUAGUCCAGCUCAGUGACUUUUUUUUAAACAACAGAAUUGUUCUUUACCUUUGCUAAUUCAUGGUGGCCUGAGCCAUGUGGCCACUGAGCACUUGAAAUAUGGAUAGUAUCAUUUAAAAAAAGUUUUACUUAUAGCCACAUAUGCUAGUGGAUACCAUACUGGAUAGCAGGAGUCCAUACUUGUAUAACACUCUUAUUCUUGAGACCAGGCUUGUCCAUGAGGCUUAGUCCUGCACAAAGGUGCAGUUGUGUAUGUGCCCAUAUGACAGAAUUUAUAGUUUAAGUAUCAUCUCAUUCAUCUCUGGGACUCCAGCACUUAGCACAGUCCCAGGCAUAGUUGGUACUGAAUAAAUGGUAGCUAUUCUUAGAGAGGGAAGGGUGAACCUGACAUAGGAGUGAUUAUAACACUUUGGGCAGGGGAUGGCUUUUAAAAGAAAAGGUACUUAACCUUGCAGGAAAAGCAAUGAUGCCAAGAUUAUUUGUCUUAUGAAAUACACUUCUCUACCUUGACCUGCUGCCCUCAUUUUCUUUUUUAAAACCCUCCUGCAGCCCUUUUGAGAUUAAAAGUAGGCUCUAUUGAAAAUGGUAGUGCCAUGUUUUAGGUAUAAAUUCUAGUUAUUAGGAUUAUUUCAUACCUUUGACAUAGCUAGCUCUCCUCUAUAUGUAGCAGGUUUAAUCUUAAGUAUCCCUCAUGCACUUCCUUGAUAACCUUACCUCUGUACAGAUGCUCCAGUAUUUGUAUGAUAAAACAUGUAUCACAUUUUUUGAAUGUCUAAUGUCCAAAGCAGGAAAUGAUACAGGUGAAUGAGAUUAAACUCUUGCUCUCAAAGAUGUCCUUUUUGAGGAAUAACACAUGUAAAGUCCACUGCUUAAAGUAGACCUAUUUUAAGUGUAUAGCUUGAAGAAUUUUUAUGUAUGUAAAUAUUCAUGUAAUAAUUAUCCUAGAAAUUUCCCUCAGACCAUUGCCCAAUCUGUACCUCUGAAGCACUGUUCUGAUUUCUAUCAUCAGAACCUGCUAUCUUAAAGUGGCCUUUUAAAUUGGUAACUGGGUCUGUCUAGUCAUGAUCUUUAUGUACAGAAAUGGCUAGGUUGUCAAUUUUUAACCUAAUCCUUCAGGAAAACUAAUUCUAUUGUCCAUGCUGAGACUUAGAAUUGGUAAUCCAGGUUGCCUAGUAGCACAUAAUUUUUUAUCAGAGAUUGAUUUAUUGAAAGAUUACCACAUAUUGUUUGUUAAACAGCAUGGAGAAACAAAAGAGAAUGGGGACUAUUUUUAGUCAGAUAAUACCCAACCUUCCUACCUCAUAGUUUGUUUUGUACUAAAUAAUGUCUAAGAAGAAACACUGUAAAUUUCAUAGUGUAAAAUAUAAUAAACCAACAUUUGUGUAUGUCA